UAGGGACUGAGGAAGGCGGAAAGGCUGGCGAGGCUUGGAGCGGCGGUGGGAACACUGCUGUGGGGGCUCGGCGCCUCUGGGUGCCCGCCACCCCAACCAAUUCCCGGUCGAGCAGCCUCCCUGCCCCUCCCCGCCAACUCCCUGGAUGGAUUCUCGGGACCCCGGCGAGCCGACCGGGCGGCCAGAACUCCCCUCAGCCGGCUGGUCGGUUUGAGGGUUGCUACGGCAACAGCCACUUCCGGGAGUGGGGGCUCGGCUAAGUUGGUUCGGCCGGUGCGGGGGCGGGUCCGGGAGCCUCUCGGACUCUGCUCGGCCGCACCUGCUGUCAGGGUAGUGGAGGGAGGCCCGGGUCUCCGCGCACCGUAGCUUCCCCAGCCUCAGGGUCUGCCCUUGAGCCGUGGGCCCCACCCCGCGCCCUCAGACCGCGUUUCUCUGUUGCUCCUGGCAACAGCCACUUCCGGGAGAGGGUGCAGUUUCCCCCUGUCCCCCCGCCCCGUUCCAGCACCGCGAGCGCUCCAACGCAGGGUUCCGGCCUCCCGGCAACCGUUAGUCGGCGAUCUUCGCUGUCCGCCGGCGGGGGCGGGUGACCGCGGGCCGCUUGUCCAGGGCCUUCCGGCGGGGCUCUCGCGGCCACCAUGGUUCUGCUGCACGUGAAGCGGGGCGACGAGAGCCAGUUCCUGCUGCAGGCGCCGGGGAGCUCGGAGCUGGAGGAGCUCACGGCGCAGGUGGCCCGAGUCUACAACGCACGGCUCAAGGCGCAGCGCCUCUGCUCAGAAAUGGAAGAAUUAGCAGAACAUGGCGUAUUUCUGCCUCCUAAUAUGCAAGGACUGACUGAUGAACAGAUUGAAGAAUUGAAAUUAAAGGAUGAAUGGGGUGAAAAGUGUAUCCCUAGUGGAGGCUCAGUAUUUAAAAAAGAUGAUGUUGGACGGCGGAAUGGACAAGCUCCAAAUGAAAAAAUGAAGCAAGUUAUAAAGAAGACUAUAGAAGAAGCCAAAGCAAUAAUAUCUAAGAAACAAGUGGAAGCCAAUGUCUGCGUGACCAUGGAGAUGGUGAAUGACGCCUUGGACCAGCUUCGAGGUGCCGUGAUGAUAGUUUAUCCCAUGGGGUUGCCACCGUACGAUCCCAUCCGGAUGGAAUUUGAAAAUAAAGAAGAUUUGUCGGGGACUCAGGCAGGGCUCAACGUCAUCAAAGAAUCAGAGGCACAGCUGUGGUGGGCAGCCAAGGAGCUGAGACGUACAAAGAAGCUUUCCGACUACGUGGGGAAGAAUGAGAAAACCAAAAUCAUCGUCAAGAUCCAGCAGAGGGGCCAGGGAGCCCCAGCCCGAGAGCCCAUCAUCAGCAGCGAGGAGCAGAAGCAGCUGAUGCUCUACUACCACAGAAGACAGGAGGAGCUCAAGAAACUGGAAGAAGAUGAUGAUGACUCCUGUUUAAAUUCUCCAUGGGCAGAUAACACUGCUUUGAAAAGACAUUUUCAUGGAGUAAAAGACAUAAAGUGGAGACCCAGAUGAAGUUUGUCCGUUGGCGAAGCUUUCCAAAAUAUUAGUUCACCUUUCUUUAGGCAAAAUAAUAAUAACCAUAGCUUGAAACAAGACAGCCACCACCCUUUGUGAACAUUGUUGAAAUCCCUAGUUUUCCUUUCAGUUUGAAUUUUUAAAAGAAAAGUGAGUUAUUCAAGGUUUUGGAACAUAAUAAACACAUUCUCAAAAGAA